GCAUGCGUACGGUUAAUCGGUGAAAAUUCUGGGCGAGGCAGUUCGUCAUAGGGAGGACAAAUUGUUGAAUUUUUCUCUGUGAAUUUCAGCAAAAAAUCGUCAAAAUGAGUGACGAGAAACCUUUCUAUGAGCCCGAAGAUGCUGAGGAGGACACAAAACCCAAAUUUGAACUCUACAUUAAGGCUUCAAGCAUUGAUGGAGAAAUGAAAGGAUCUUGUCCGAUCUGCCAGCAGUGGUUCAUGAUUGCCUAUCUCCUAGCUGAACAGAAGAAUGCAAGCUUUAAAGUUUUCACAGUUCAGGCAAAUAACCCACCUCAGACUUUCAAAGACAAGGUCCAAAGCAAAAUAUUCCCAGUAGUGAUUGGAACAAGUGGGCAGAACGUCAAUGGUCAGGAUAUAACUGGCAUAGUAUAUGACAAUUACGAUGAUGUGGAAAAAUUCUUUGAGAGUAUAAAUUUUAACUGCCCUAAACUGAAGCGAACACAACAGGCCAACAUUGCUAGUCUGAAAAUAUUCGAGGAUUUAUAUAAGAAUUUCAACUUAUUCUUACAAAACCCUAGUUCUGAUGGAAAGAAGUUACUGCACGACCUAAGGAAUUUGAAUAGCCAUUUGGAGAUGAAUGAGACCCCAUUCUUAACAGGAUCAACACUGGCUUAUGCUGACUGCGUUUUACUGCCAAAACUACAGCACAUAAGGAUGGCUGGAGAGCAAUACCGGGACUUUAAAAUCCCUGAGGAGUUGACAGCCAUUUGGGAUUACCUGGAGCGUGGAUACCAGACCACAGCAUUCAGUGCCACUCUCCCCUCAGAUCAGGACAUCGUCAAACAUUACGAGAUGAGAGCCGCAGGGAAAGGCAUCAAGGGACGACCCACAUUACAGAAACAGACAUAUACAAUGACUGUCCCAAAACGUGUCCCCACAACAACGGUCAACGGGGGCGGUGAGGGGGAGGGAUCUAAUGGAAUGGACGACGGAGGGGAAUAAAGGGACACUCCUUAUGUGAUAUAGAACAUGUAUAUCUGCAUGGUGCAUUAAUUAUUACGGAUGGUUUCAAACUUCUAGCCGUAUGCAAGUUGGAGAUGGUGACAGGUAAAGUGCUAGAUGUUUGGGACAUUCCCUUAUAUAUAUGAUGCAAAACAACAAAAAAAAUGUAACUGACCAAUCAGGAAGCUUUUGCAUGUAAAGCCAUUCCUGGGGAUUACGUGGCACAUUUAAAAGUAAUUGUGUUGUGUUAAAGAAGAGAAAAAAAGAAUUUUAUUUAUAUUUGCUCUAAAUUCACAUGUAUGCAUCAUGAUUGUGUAUUUUUGCUAUAAAUUCACAUUUAUGCAUCAUGAUUGUGUAUUUUUGUAUCACAGGUUGAAUUUGUUUGCUCUUAUUUAAGCAAAAAAAAAAAGAAAGUUGUAUGCUGUAAAAAUGAUUUUAUUAUUUUUAAUGGGACACUUUCCUGCAUAGUGAAUUGUAUAUUUUUAUAUAGAAAUUUGUUGGGUGGUCAAUGCAAGGCAGUUAUGAAUAUUCUGUUAAGUUUGUCAGCUAUGUUAUUACUAUUUACUCUGCAACGUUGUUUGUUUAUUUUGCUUGUCUUUGUCAACUUCUGGUCAUUUUUUUUAAAAAAAUAUCCUGUAAAGCUAAUAAUCUAUCAUAAUUAAGACAUUUAAUGACUUGUUUCUAUUCUUAUAACCUCUUACUUGUGAUAUAAAUCAUGUUAACCUAGAAUAUUUUUUAUGAAGUAAACAAUUUAGUCAAAUUUGAAACAUAUCCAAUCAUUGUGCCUUUUCGUUGAUUUAUAGCACAGAGCUGUGUCACCAAAGAUUUAUGUAUACCUCUUAUAUAAAAUGCUAGGAUUGAUAUCGCAAACUAUUAUUCAUAAUGUUAUUACUAUGGUAUAAUUUUUUUCCAUUUUUGUCACAAAAAUUGUAUAAACUCUUGCAAACUUGCCAUAGACUUUUUGUAAAGGUUGAUGUAUUUAGUUAUUUAAUCAACUUGUACACUUACAGUAAUUAUUUUUUAAAUGAAUUCAAUCAUAUCCAUUUAAAGGUGACUAAUUCAACAAUGAUUGUAUGACUAUGAUUUUGUAAAAUGAUGAAUCUUUAAUUAAAAAUGUUCAGCAUCAAGACAGGAUUUUGGGCUGAUUGCAAGAACAGAAUCUGUAGGACGCAUUGUUUCGAGGUUGCAGAUUUUGUCCUUGAUUGAAGCCAAAAUCGUUUUAGUUAAGAACAAGUUCUAGUCUGCUGAACUGAAAUUAAUAAAUUAAUCAGCAAAAAAUUGUAUGACUAUUGUAAAUGAUUUUGUGUGCUUCGUACAUAUUGUUAAUACAUGUAUACAAGGUUAUAAUAAAUGUAUUAUACAGAU